GUGUGUUAAUGUGUGUGUUAAUGUGUGUGUGUGUUAAUGUGUGUGUGUCUGUGUGUGUAUGUGUGUGUGUGUGCUCCCUCAGGUCAAGAUGAGCACCUGAUCCCGUACAGCGUGGUUCAGCCUGUUCAGGUUCAGAGGAAACGCCCGGUCAUCUUCUCUCCCUCCCUCCUCUCCCGGGGUCUCAUCGAGAGGCUGCUGCAGCCUGGAGAGUCCAGCCUGAACUUCACCACCUGUCCACCAGAGCCGGUCCAGUCUUCAGAGAGAAAUGGAGGGGGGGUUUUCUUCUUGGAUUCUGAUCAGACUCUGGGUAUAAAGCUGCAGGCGGUGCAGGACGUCAUGAGAGAGGAUAAACACUGUCUCCUGGAGUUGGGCCUGAACAGCGUGGAGGCGUUAUUGAGACAGGGCAUUUACCCCAUCGUCAUCCACAUCCGCCCCAAAAACAAGAAGCACAAGAAGCUGAGGAAGUUCUUCCCGCGGUGUGGCGAGGACGGCAUCAUGGAGGAGGUGUGUCAGGCCGAGGAGCUGCAGCUGGAGACGCUGCCUCUGCUUUACUUCACCCUGGAGCCCAACACCUGGAGCUGCACCGAGGAGCUGCUGGCCGCCAUACGCAACGCCAUCCACAGCCAGCAGAGGGCGGUAGCAUGGGUGGAGCUGGAUAGGCUUCAGUAGGACAAACAGGAAGUUCAGAUUCACUGGACAAUGAGAGCUGCUUGAAUAAAGAAUCUAAUAUGUUUCUACAGAGGAUAAAAACAAACUGUGUUACCAUAGCAACAAAAAACAGUAUUAUAUUGGGUCAUUUCUUGUUUUUAUCAGUUAUAAGGCAAACUCCUGCACACGGUCUUAAUUGCACAAAGGCUUUGUGCAACAGAUGGAUGGAUUCAUUUCUGUGUUACGCGCAUCUCUCAUGAAAGUUGUAGUUUGGUAAAGUUUAGUACAGAAGCCCUAAGUGUACAUCCACUUUAUUGUACUCCGAUGUUUUUCUACAGAUCUCGACCUUUUAUUGUCGUUAAUGCGGCUGGAUUUCCCCUUGAUAACGAGUUGAUCAUCCUCAAGAUUAUAACAGACACCUGUGUGGUUUCAUGGAUCUGUUGUCGUCAGGUUAGGUUGAGCUGCAUUUUUAUUCACACUACAGUCGACAGCAGACGAGAUUGUUCACUGUCACUGGUUUUAACUGAUGAUCUGUUAUUCUGUCAUAAGUCAAAAAAAUAAACUCAUCCAAAAACA